CAUUCCUAGGAAUUUGGAUUCCCUCCUUUUAUGGUUCUCCUCACUGUUGUUAAUGAUAUUACCACUACACUCUGCCUUUAAUUCCCUCUUUAUACCAAUUAUACAAAUUUCUAGCAAGUUUUAUUUGUUGGUUCCAUUUGUCCAUGUUCUUUUUCCCUGAUUCUUGGCAAACCUCAAAUAAUCUAAUGAUCUAUGAAUUACAAGCACUGGGAAGAAUCAAUUCAAGAGGAAUAUAUUUUGUCAAGAUAUCAUCAUUGACAACUGUGCUGCUCUUUAGUUUAGAUGCACAGUCAGGAGUUGCAAACCUCUACUUCUCAGAAACUCAAAUCUUCUCAGAAAUUGAUGGAGUCUGAUGGUCACACCUGCUGGUUUUUCUUUCCAGAAACAUUUCAAUGUAGCCCUCAGAGGUUUCAUCAAUGCCAUCAAUCAACAUUAUGACAUAUUGACUUGCUCUGUAUGGCAUUUUGCCCUCAAUUAUUGUAUGAGAAACCUUCACUUCGAUUCAGUGUCAGUUGCAGCCCUUCGUUUGGAAAAUGAACAACAUUCAUGGUUUUCAUGAUUGAAUUUAUUAGCAUGCUUUAUCACCUGUAAAACGGGAUAAAGCCAUAUGAAAUAGUCGACCUCUGGUAUUCUUUUUGCACCCCAUUUCAUUUCUGGAAGCUAUUUAACUGCCAUAACCGCCCUUCAAAGUUCGAGAGUUCAGAAGCUCCGACCCCGAACGGCCCCCUACUGACCACUGAGUACUGGCUAAGAGCCUAAGAAGCAUGUUUGAUAAAGCGACCCUGCAACCAAGACCAAGACCCCUCCUCUUCAGAAAAUGAAGUUUAAGGAGAGAAAGCGCUCCUCCUUUCUACUCUUCUUCCGUUCUCCUUCUUGUGGUAUCAUCGGAUCAAACCGUUCAAGAUCGAAAUCAUAGCCAUGACUGAAGAGGAGGCAAAACCGCUUUGGAGCCCGAGAGAGAGAAGAUGCCUUUCUCUCCUGCAGCGGCCCAACACCAAAAACUCUAUCCUCCAAAUUCAUGGUUUCAUGCUGAGAAACGCCCUUGAAACCAACGUUAAUCUGCUCACUAAGUUCAUCAUUGCCUGUGCUUCUGUUGCUGUUGUUGGAACUUCUGACCCACUUGCUGGAAUCCGUCAUGCUCGAUGUGUAUUCGAUCAUCGGCAUCAUAGGGACGACGUAUUCCUAUGUAAUUCCAUGAUCAAAGCUCACGUCGAUAAGCAGCAGUUUAGGGAGGCCAUGACUCUCUACAAACGCCUCAGGAAUGAGACGCUAUUCACACCUGAUAACUACACGUUCCCAGCCUUGGUGAAGUCCUGUGGAUCCAAUUUGGCCGUUAAAGAAGGGCAGCAAUUCCAUAGUGAGGUGAUCAAGAUGGGUUACUGCUUUAACUUGUUUAUAUCGACUGCAAUUGUAGAUAUGUACGCAAAGUUUGGAGAGAUGAUAUUGGCCAGAAAGUUGUUUGAUGAAAUGCCUCUCAAAAAUCAGGUAUCUUGGACAGCUUUGGUUGUUGGAUAUGCAAGAUGCGGGGACGUCGUUACUGCAAGGGAAUUGUUCUGUAGGAUGCCUGAGAAGGACCCUGCGGCAUUUAACGCAAUGGUUAAUGCAUAUGUCAAAUCGGGGAACAUGGACUCUGCACGGGAAUUGUUUGAAGAGAUGCCAGAAAGGAAUAUUGUAUCUUGGACCACUUUGAUUUCCGGGUACUGCAAGAAUGGUGAUCUUGCUACUGCAAGAUUACUCUUUGAUACAAUGCCUGAGCAAAGUCUUGUCUCUUGGAAUGCCAUGAUUGGUGGGUAUUGCCAGAAUAAGCGACCAAAUGAAGCAUUGGAGCUGUUUAGGAAGAUGCAAUCAUACUCCUUUCGACCAGACAAAGUGACUAUUGUGAGCAUUCUCCCAGCCAUUGCAGAUGUGGGCGCUCUGGAUUUGGGCGGUUGGGUUCAUCAAUAUGUCAGGAGAAUGAAACUUGACAGGGAGGUCAAUAUCUGCACAGCAUUGGUGGAUAUGUAUGCUAAAUGUGGUGAAAUUCUAAAAGCAAAACAAGUUUUUGACGAGAUGGAGGAAAGGGAAACAGCUUCUUGGAAUGCUAUGAUCAAUGGGUUAGCUGUCAAUGGAUGUGCCAACGAAGCAUUAGAGGUUUUCUCUGAGAUGCGAAGCGAAGGAAUUAAGCCGAAUGAGGUAACUAUGCUGGGGGUCUUGUCUGCUUGUAAUCAUGGUGGUUUGGUGGAGGAAGGGAGGAAUUGGUUCAACAUGAUGAAGGGAUAUGGGCUUACCCCUAGAAUAGAGCACUAUGGGUGUAUGAUUGAUCUCUUGGGGAGGGCAGGGUUCUUAGAAGAAGCUGAGCAAUUGAUUCAGAAAAUGCCUUAUGAGGUAAAUGGGAUAAUCUUGAGUUCUUUUCUUUUUGCUUGUGGAUGCCGUGGGGAUGUUACAAGGGCUGAGAGAAUAAAAUGGAAGACGUUGGAAAUGGAGCCUUGGAAUGAUGGGAACUAUGUUAUGUUGAGGAACCUUUAUGCUGGGGCAAAAAGGUGGAAGGAUGUGGAAGAGGUGAAAGCAUUGAUGAAGAGGAAUAGGGCCAAGAAAGAGGCAGGUUGUAGCGUAAUUGAGAUUGAUUGUAAGGUAUGGGAGUUUGUGGCAGGGGAUGUAGUGCACCCACAUUGGGAGGUGAUAGAAUGGAUGUUGGGACAGUUAUGGGCGCAUAUGAGUGGGGAAGCUAAUUGUAAGGCGACUGACUUAAUAACAUUUUGCUUUGACUAAUACUGGAUUGUAGUGAACCCCUGCCUCAUAUUUACUAACUUAUCAACAGAAUCCUUUAAUUGAAUACAAAAACGAAAUUCAAAGAAUUGUUUUUUUUUAUUUAUUUUUUAUUUUUUUGAAGGAUGUCUUCUACAUGAACAUAUGAUGAUCAUAUGGGAAAUUGGCAAGUUGUUGCCUGCUUACAGAAAGGAAGGGUUGGUAAUGCUUUAGAAAACCUGAUUU